AGGGUUUUCAGUCGACGUUUGUUAGUGUUCAUGCGAUCCUGUGUUUCCGAUUUGCUUCUGAAAAUGGAAAGCCAAUUCAAAUUACCUUUUGUUUUGCUAUUCUUGGUGGUUGCAGUCUACGCUCAAGAGCAGCAACUCAUUAUCGAAGUCAUUUACCUUCCAGCUGAUUGUCCAGUUAAGUCGCAGAAUGGGGACGUCAUCACAACAGACUACACCGGAAUGCUAGAGGAUGGCACCGUUUUCGAUUCCAGCGUCGGUGGCGAACCUUUUAGUUUCACACUAGGAGCUGGGGAAGUAAUCAAGGGUUGGGAUUUGGGAUUGUUGGAUAUGUGCGUGACCGAGCGUCGCAAGUUGACUAUCCCACCGUCAUUGGCCUACGGCGAACAAGGAACAAGUGAUGGAGUUAUUCCACCUAAUGCCACCCUCAUCUUCGAUGUUGAACUGUUGGCUAUCAACCGGCCUUAACUGAAGUCUUGUCCAUACGUUUCGUUCAGCAAUUUAAGCGAUGCAUAACGAAGCCAAUAGAAACGUUUCUUGAAAA